UCGGCGGUGUCCCGAGAUUCACCCCCAGAGUAACUUCUGCCUCUGCUCCUCCUCUUCUUGGAACUGCCUUUUGUUUGUCUGGCAGCCUUGGUUCUAUGGGGGUGUGUGAUGAUAAUAAUACGCGGGCUUAUAUAACCCUCUUCAUCUUGCAAGCACUUCGCAGACAGUCCCUAAUGAAUCUUCGGGCGGCUGUAGCGGCAAAGAGGAAACCCCAAGCCCGGGCGCAGAGGCCAGAGGGGAGGGCGGCGCGGGUCAGAGGCCGGGCCUCCCUGGCUCCCCGCGCCUCGGAGGUCAGGGGAGAUAAGGAACAAUGACUCUCGCCCUCGGGAGGAGGAAGGAAGUCCCGCUGCCACCUUAUCUCUCCUCCUCUGCACGCUCUCAGUUCCCAGAGCUUGUUCUCUAGAGAAGAUUUUGAAGGCGGCUUUUGUGCUGACUGCCACCCACCACUGUCUGAAGAAGGCGAACUUGGCAGAUGACGUGAAGGUUCUCCAGGACAGAGUUAACUGCAGAACAUCUUCAAAGGUUUUGUCCAGCACAUUAACUCCCGACCCCAUCUGCAGAUGGUCUGGAUACCUCUGAGCAUAGGAAUUGAUUCUUCAACCAGGAUACCUACUUCAAGACCUGCAGAAACCAGGAGGCUGAGACGUUUUGUCAGUUUUGCGACGUUGGACCAAACACAAUGAAGUAUUCUUGCUGUGCCCUGAUUUUGGCGGUCCUGGGCACAGAACUGCUGGGGACCCUCUGUUCGACUGUCAGAUCCCAGAGGUUCAGAGGACGGAUACAGCAGGAACGAAAAAACAUCCGACCCAACAUUAUUCUUGUGCUCACCGAUGACCAAGAUGUGGAGCUGGGGUCCCUGCAAGUCAUGAACAAAACAAGAAAGAUUAUGGAGCAUGGGGGGGCCACCUUCACCAACGCUUUUGUGACUACCCCCAUGUGCUGCCCCUCCCGGUCCUCCAUGCUCACCGGAAAGUAUGUGCACAACCACAAUGUCUACACCAACAAUGAGAACUGCUCUUCGCCAUCCUGGCAGGCGAUGCAUGAACCUCGGACUUUUGCUGUGUAUCUUAACAACACUGGCUACAGAACAGCCUUUUUUGGAAAAUACCUCAAUGAAUAUAAUGGCAGCUACAUCCCUCCUGGGUGGCGAGAAUGGCUUGGAUUAAUCAAGAAUUCUCGUUUCUAUAAUUACACUGUUUGUCGCAAUGGCAUCAAAGAAAAGCAUGGAUUUGAUUAUGCAAAGGACUACUUCACAGACUUAAUCACUAACGAGAGCAUUAAUUACUUCAAAAUGUCUAAGAGAAUGUAUCCCCAUAGGCCCAUUAUGAUGGUGAUCAGCCACGCUGCGCCCCACGGCCCCGAGGACUCGGCCCCACAGUUUUCAAAACUGUACCCCAACGCUUCCCAACACAUAACCCCUAGUUACAACUAUGCACCAAAUAUGGAUAAGCACUGGAUUAUGCAGUACACGGGGCCCAUGCUGCCCAUCCACAUGGAAUUUACGAACGUUCUACAUCGCAAAAGGCUUCAGACUUUGAUGUCCGUAGAUGAUUCUGUGGAAAGGUUGUAUAAUAUGCUUGUGGAAACGGGGGAGCUGGAGAACACUUACAUCAUUUACACGGCUGACCACGGUUACCAUAUUGGGCAGUUUGGACUGGUCAAGGGGAAGUCCAUGCCAUAUGACUUUGAUAUCCGUGUGCCUUUCUUUAUUCGCGGUCCGAGCGUAGAGCCAGGAUCAAUAGUCCCACAGAUCGUUCUCAACAUCGACCUGGCCCCUACGAUCCUGGACAUCGCUGGGCUCGACACACCUCCCGAUGUGGAUGGCAAGUCCGUCCUCAAACUUCUGGACCCGGAAAAGCCAGGUAACAGGUUUCGAACAAACAAGAAAGCCAGAAUUUGGCGUGAUACAUUCCUCGUGGAAAGAGGGAAAUUUCUACGUAAGAAAGAAGAAUCCAGCAAGAAUAUCCAACAGUCAAAUCACUUGCCCAAAUAUGAGAGGGUCAAGGAACUAUGCCAGCAGGCCAGGUACCAGACAGCCUGUGAACAGCCUGGGCAGAAGUGGCAGUGCAUUGAGGACACAUCUGGCAAGCUCCGAAUUCACAAGUGUAAAGGAUCCAGUGACCUGCUCACCGUGCGGCAGAGCACGCGGAACCUCUACUCUCGCGGCUUCCACGACAAGGAAUGCAGCUGCGGAGAGCCUGGCUAUCGCACCGGCAGAAGCCAGAGGAAGAGCCAAAGGCAGUUCCUGAGAAACCAGGGGACUCCGAAGUACAAGCCCAGAUUUGUCCACACUCGGCAAACACGUUCCUUGUCCGUUGAAUUUGAAGGCGAAAUAUAUGACAUAAACCUGGAAGAAGAAGAGCUGCAAGUGCUGAGACCAAGAAACAUCGCCAAGCGCCAUGAUGAAGGCCCCCGGGGGCCUGGAGGCCACCAGGCUGCGGGCGACGGGGACACGAUGCUGGCAGACAGAGGCAAUGCCCUGGGCUUGCCCACCACCGUCCGAGUGACCCACAAGUGCUUUAUUCUUCCGAAUGAUACAAUCCAUUGUGAGAGAGAACUGUAUCAAUCAGCCAGAGCCUGGAAGGACCACAAGGCAUACAUUGAUAAAGAGAUUGAAGCUUUGCAAGAUAAAAUUAAGAAUUUGAGAGAAGUGAGGGGGCACCUAAAGAGGAGAAAACCCGAGGAAUGUGCCUGUAGUAAACAGAGCUAUUAUAAUAAAGAGAAAGGUGUGAAAAAGCAAGAGAAGGUGAAGAGUCAUCUCCACCCAUUUAAGGAAGCUGCUCAGGAGGUAGACAGCAAACUGCAGCUUUUCAAGGAGAACCGUAGGAGGAAGAAGGAGAGGAAGGAGAAGAAACGGCAGAGGAAGGGGGAGGAAUGCAGCCUCCCGGGCCUCACCUGCUUCACGCACGACAACAACCACUGGCAGACGGCCCCGUUCUGGAACCUGGGAUCUUUCUGCGCCUGCACGAGCUCUAACAAUAAUACCUACUGGUGUUUACGUACAGUUAAUGAGACGCAUAAUUUUCUUUUCUGUGAGUUCGCCACUGGCUUUUUGGAGUAUUUUGAUAUGAAUACAGAUCCUUAUCAGCUCACAAACACAGUGCACACAGUGGAACGGGGCAUUUUGAACCAGCUACAUGUACAACUCAUGGAGCUCAGGAGCUGCCAAGGGUAUAAGCAGUGCAAUCCAAGACCUAAGGGCCUUGAAGUCGGAAAUAAAGAUGGAGGAAGCUAUGACCUACACAGCACACGUAGGACAGAGCAGAAGAACCCACCCUUAAGCUGGUCUCACCAGGGCUAUGGGCUGACGAGAGGACAGUUAUGGGAUGGAUGGGAAGGCUAACCAGCCCAGCCUCGCUGCAGACGUCAACCGGCAAGGCCUGGAAGAUUUAUACAGUGUGAAUGAAAGCAUCUAUGAGUACAGACAAAACUAUAGACUUAGUCUGGUUGACUGGACUAAUUACUUGAAGGAUGUAGAUAGAGUAUUUGCACUGCUGAACAGCCACCAUGAGCAAAAUAAAACAAAUAAGACUAAAACUGCUCAAAGCGAUGGGUUCCCAGGUGGAUCUGCUGAGCUCUCUGUGCCAGUAGAGAUGGCCUCCGCGGAGUCAGAUGAUGACCCGAGUCGGAUGGUUGGGGAAGCACCUCACGUGACCUUGCCAGCUGACCUUCGAACCCUGCAUUUGAACCAACCAACAUUCAGUCCAGAGACGAAACUUGAAUGGAAUAACGACAUUCCAGAAGUUAGUCGUUUGAAUUCUGAACACUGGAGAAAUCAUAAAACUGAAAAAUGGAUGGAGCACGAAGAGAUAAAUCAUCCCGAAACUGAUUUCAGUGGCAACGGCCUCCCAGAGCUGGUGCUCAAGCCCAGGCCUAGGCUGCAGCCCAUUAGCAGGCCGCAGAAAGGACUUCCCCGGGUUGGUGGCCCAGGAGGUGUUUUUGAAGAUCAGCUGUAUCUUCCUGUGCAUUCUGAUGUUGAUUCUGUUCAUCGGACGAUCAAUGCGUCUGCCCUGGAGCAGCCUAUUAACUCCAGCAGCGUGAAAAGGAUAUUGGACAAGGUGAAGAAUCACGAGACAGGCAGCUUACAGAGUCUAGAAGGCAGUGCCUCCUUUCCACUCUCCUCGGAUUAGAUGAAAUUGUUACCUGACCCUAAACACAGUAUUUUUUUAACUUUUUAUUAGUAAACUAAUAAAGGCAAUCAUGACAGCCAACAUUCCGAACUAUCCUGAUACACAUGUGCGAAGUUAGCAUAGAAGUUAGCACACAGGCGAGCGGUAGGCACACAGGGAUGCGGUGUUGUUAACUCCCUAUUUGUCAAGAGUAGAAAUAAAGGUUGAUUUGUGUUUAUUUGGGGGAGAUUAAAGCAGUAUUAUCUUUUGAAAGCCAUAGGGACAUGCCUAUACGAAUGUUACCCAAUCAAGAUGGCUAGAAUUGUAUCUCUCUGAGUUUCUAAAACUUGACAUCCUCCGUGAAUCUUUCAACGUGCGUCCCACUGCCUGCAUCAUGUGGUUUUGAUUCCUUUUUAACCACUGGAAUUUUUCAGUGCCAUCACGUUCAAUGAUUUUGCACUUUGAGAUCAGAUUGCCAUGUCUAUUUGGUUAGUCUUUUUUUUCUUGCCAGAGGCUUUUCCUAGUCUCACUGCUUGCUCUCAGUGUGACCGUGGAGAGCAGACCCCAAGAAUGACACACAGUAUGGAUCACAUAUUGUCUAGCGUAAGCUCUUGCCAGAAAAUACUGCAUGCUUUUUCCUUGACUUGCUAAAAUUGAUUAGCAGAAAGGCAUGGCUAACGAUGUUGGCAGUGAAAAUAAAUAAAUCAACAAAACAAAGAUCGCUUGCUCUCUCUGUGCCUAGCCUCAAAGUGUUCAUCAUAUGCUUAAGAUUGCUAAAUUUUUGUUAUUUUAUUAGCAGGAUAAAAGGACUGAAGACUUUUUUUGUCAUCUUGGUUUUCUUGACCUGGCUAAUAAGCUAAAGUGUUGAGAAAAUAUACGUAGUUUUGAAUUUAUAUAAGGAAUCUUUUUCAAUAAAACACACAUGAAUGUUUCAUAUUUUAAAUACACCAUAGGUGUUGUAUGAUUAUUUUUAAGGCCUUCACCAAGUUCGGAUUUUUUUAAAGGUGUAAUUCAAGACUGCUUUUGAAAUUCUGUAUUCUUGAAAAUAUUCUUGUUAUGUAUUAGAUUUUUAAAUAUCAGCAAAAGGAUUACCUCAUCGAGAGUUAUCAGUACCCUAGCCAACUUCCCAAACAGGUUUAUUUUUUAGCAUAACAGUGAUUUUCUUUUUAUUUUUAGACCAUUCAAAUGCAUAGGUAAAUUAUGUUUUCUUCAAGUGUUUAAGGUAAACUCUUUUAAAGAAAAUUUAAUAUGUUAUAGUUGAAUCUUUGAUAACUUUAAGUCUUUAUCAUAGACUCUGUACAUAUGUUAAAAUUAACUAGCUCUUUAUCAGAUGUGUGUGUCACCAGCUGAAUGACAGAAGAAACAUAUUUAUGGUCAUGAAUGAUGUGCUUUGUAAAAAGAUUUCAAGUUAUUAGGAAGCAUACUGUGUUUUUUAAUCUUGUGUAAUAUUCUGUGAUACUUUUAUAAAACAAUUCUGGCUUCGGGAAAGUCUAGAAGCAAUAUUUCUUCAAAUAAAAGGUGUUUAAACUUUA